AUGGCAGGUAAUCUGGAACCUCAAACUAGUGCCCGGUGCACUAUUUGGACGUCGCUAGGUCCGCUUAAGGUUGAGAUUUGGGCCAAACAAUGUCCCCAGACGGCAUUGAAGUUUUUGAAAAAUUGUGUCAAUGACAGAUACAACGGUGCCAGUUUCCACCGUAAAGUGUACGAUGCUGCUGUGCAAACAUCAGAAAUCGAUAGUGAACCAUGGGGGAUUUUGGAGAAUGAUCCGGGAAUCAAAAUGAACCGUAGGGGCCUUCUGGCAAUCGAUAUAGAGUCAAAAGGCGAUUUUUUCAUUACGCUUCGAGAAACACCUGAAUUGGAUGGCCAAGUGACAGUGCUGGGCCAAUUGGUAGACAACACAUUUUACACGUUGCUGGAAAUUUCACAAAAGGAGCUGGACUCCGAAUCAAACGAUGACCGGUACCUGUAUCCUGCUGUUGUGGAGCGGAUCGAGGUGGAAGAGCAGUUUUUCGAGCAGGACCUGAAAUCUUCACCAACAAAGAAAAAAUCUAGGGAAAACCCAGUUUCUUCACAUAGGCCUCCCCCCAAACGCGCUAGAGUGCGGCUAGAUUAUGACCACGACGAAGACGUCGAUGAUGAAGUUUCUCAAGCAGUCAACUUCAAAAUGACGUCAGCUCAUGAUUUGUUGGCCCCGAAGGGUUUAAUGCGCUCCGCAAAGCAGCAGCAGCAGGAUGUGAAGAAAGAUGUAGAAGAGCCAGUGGCAAAACUUGAGGAUGAUUCUGCAAAGAAGCACCAUAAAAACAAGUUCAUAGGCCAAAAUGUGGAACCCCCCAAUGCAAAUGAUGACGACCAAGACACCGGAAAAGUGUCAGCCCCCGUGAGCGACUCAGAGACAAGGGAAUGGGAAACCAUGAGGCUUCUGGCGCAGUUCAAGCAAAAGCUGGCUAAAUCCAACGUCCUCAAUUCUCAUGAACUCAACUUUGAUGAAGAUGACCAUGGAAAAAAAUCUUAA